GCCCAAGACGGGUCUGGAACUUAACGGGGUUCCCAUGACCCCUGCGAUUGCUUCCAGUCAGCGAUGAAAGGGUUAUCGGGUAGCCGCAGCCACCACCACGGGAUCACCUGCGAGUCGGCCUGUGACUCACUGUCACACCACUCAGACCACAAGCCGUACCUGCUGAGCCCGGUGGACCACCACCCUGCGGACCAUCCCUACUACACCCAGCGGAAUUCCUUCCAGGCCGAGUGCGUGGGACCCUUCAGUGACCCGCUGGCCAGCAGCACCUUCCCACGCAGGCACUACACCUCGCAGCAGGAGCUGAAGGACGAGAGUGCCCUGGUGCCACGCACACUGGCCACCAAGGCGAAUCGCAUCCCCGCCAACCUGCUGGAUCAGUUUGAAAGGCAGCUGCCCCUCAGCCGGGAUGGCUACCACACGCUACAGUACAAGCGCACCGCUGUGGAACAUCGCAGCGAUAGCCCCGGACGCAUCCGGCACCUGGUCCACUCGGUCCAGAAGCUCUUCACCAAGUCGCAUUCCCUGGAGGGGCCAUCCAAAGGCAGCGUCAAUGGGGGCAAGGCCAGCCCCGAUGAGUCGCAAACUGUGAGAUAUGGCAAGCGCAGCAAGAGCAAGGAGAGGCGUUCAGAGUCCAAGGCCAGAUCCAAUGCCUCCAACGCCUCCCCCACCUCUCCCAGCUGGUGGAGCUCAGAUGACAACCUGGAUGGCGACAUGUGCCUCUACCACACACCAUCGGGUGUGAUGACCAUGGGCAGGUGCCCUGACCGCUCUGCUUCACAGUACUUCAUGGAAGCCUACAACACCAUCAGCGAGCAGGCGGUGAAGGCCUCCCGGAGUAACAAUGACGUCAAGUGCUCCACCUGUGCUAACCUGCCCGUCAGUCUGGAUGCCCCUCUUCUGAAGAAGAGUGCCUGGUCCUCCACUCUCACCGUGAGCAGAGCCCGAGAGGUUUACCAGAAAGCCUCGGUGAACAUGGAUCAGGCCAUGGUGAAGUCCGAGGCAUGUCAACAAGAGAGGUCCUGCCAGUACCUACAGGUUCCCCAAGAUGAAUGGACAGGGUACACACCUCGUGGGAAAGAUGAUGAGAUUCCAUGCCGAAGGAUGCGAAGUGGCAGCUACAUCAAGGCCAUGGGCGAUGAGGACAGCGGGGACUCAGACACCAGUCCCAAGCCUUCUCCCAAGGUGGCUGCAAGAAGAGAAAGCUAUCUCAAGGCUACACAACCCUCCCUCACAGAGCUCACCACACUCAAGAUCUCCAAUGAACACUCACCCAAACUCCAGAUCCGGAGUCACAGUUACCUGAGGGCAGUAAGUGAAGUCUCCAUCAACAGAAGCCUGGACAGCCUUGACCCUGCAGGCUUGCUCACAUCACCAAAGUUCCGCUCCAGAAACGAGAGCUACAUGCGAGCCAUGAGCACCAUAAGCCAGGUGAGCGAGAUGGAGGUGAACGGACAGUUCGAAUCCGUGUGUGAGUCAGUGUUCAGCGAGCUGGAGUCGCAGGCGGUGGAAGCUCUGGACCUGCCCAUGCCUGGCUGCUUCCGCAUGCGGAGCCACAGCUACGUGCGGGCCAUCGAGAAGGGCUGCUCCCAGGACGACGAGUGCGUGUCGCUGAGGUCGUCCUCCCCUCCCCGCACAACCACCACAGUGAGGACCAUCCAGAGCAGCACCGGAUUUGCAGACUAUCAGGAAGUGACUUACAGCUGCAACUGCUGGGUUACUCCUGCUAUCGACACAAACAUCCUGUGUAAAUGUCCACCCUAUGCUUGGGGACUAGUCAUUGGACUGUUAGGAUUUUCAGGACUGUUAAGUUCCGCCUGUUGA